GGAGGCUCUGGAGGCAGAUGAGCUCUUGAACUGGACUGAGGGAUAAACUUGUCAGGUUUCUCCGGUUGUGGCUUUUGUACAACCAGAGACAGCGCUUCGGUUUGAACAUCUGGAACCCUCACCACUGCACUCCCAUAGCAGCCCUCUUCGCGUGAUGGCCGUCAUUCAGAUUCCAGUCAUUGUGGCCACAGCUCCUGGAUGCAGGAGUUUGCUGCCAUUGAUGCGGUCCAGCCCCGGCACCAACGCCCCCGUAUCGGCCAGACGCACUGGUUCCGCCCGGUCGCACCGCCUCCAGCCCAGGGAGCAGCGACCCGCCGAGCCGCGCUCCCUCCAGUGCCGCUCGUCAACGCCAUGCUGUCACGCUGCGUGUACCGGGCGCUCGGCCGCUCUGUGUCAGCGGUGAGCCGGCCCAGUAAUGUGUUUGGCCAACAAACCGCAGCAGGUGUCUCUGUCUGCAGCCAGCUGUUUUACAGGAAUUCCAGAUCGUUUAGAUGUGGAUGUGAACUUCCUCCAUCAGCAAAUGUCUUACCUGUCAGAUAUUUCAAGACGUCUGCUGUUCACGGAGUUGAAGUAGUCACGGUCAAAACCCCUGCGUUUGCUGAAUCUGUUACAGAAGGAGAUGUGAGGUGGGAGAAAGCUGUGGGUGACUCAGUGACAGAAGAUGAAGUUGUGUGUGAAAUUGAGACAGACAAGACCUCUGUACAGGUUCCCGCCCCAGCAGCUGGUGUGAUCGAAGAACUGCUGGUACCCGAUGGAGGCAGGGUGGAGGGAGGAACACCCCUUUUCAAACUCCGGAAAGGAGCUGCUCCUGUUGCUGCCAAGGCUGCUGCCUCCGUGGCUCCAGAGGCGCCAGCAAUGGUGGAAAAAGUCACUCCUCCACCCUCAACACAUGCAGCUACAGCCCCCACUGCCAAGCCCCCAGUGCUCCCAGUACCAGAGCAGCCUGUCCAAGCCAAACCUGUAUCUGCUGUCAAGCCCACUGCUGCUGCACCAGCUCCUUCAACAUCAGGAGGCAGAGGAGAACAUAGGGUGAAGAUGAACCGUAUGAGGCUGAGGAUUGCUCAGAGGCUGAAGGAGGCUCAGGACACCUGCGCCAUGCUUACUACCUUUAACGAGGUGGACAUGAGCAACAUCCAAGAGAUGAGGAAGAUUCAUAAGGAUGCUUUCUUAAAGAAGCACAACAUUAAACUGGGUUUCAUGUCUGCCUUUGUGAAAGCUGCCGCACAUGCUCUGACUGAGCAGCCUCCAGUUAACGCAGUUAUUGAUGAUACAACCAAAGAGAUUGUCUACAGGGACUAUGUAGACAUUAGUGUUGCUGUGGCAACGCCAAAGGGGCUUGUUGUUCCAGUGAUUCGUAAUGUUGAGACCAUGAACUUUGCCGACAUUGAAAAAGCCAUUAAUGCACUGGGAGAAAAGGCUCGUCAAAAUGAGCUGGCUGUGGAGGAUAUGGAUGGAGGCACAUUCACCAUCAGCAACGGUGGCGUGUUUGGCUCCGUGUUUGGCACACCCAUCAUCAACCCUCCUCAGUCUGCCAUCCUCGGCAUGCACGGCAUCUUUGACCGACCUGUGGCCAUCAAUGGCAAGGUUGAGGUGCGACCCAUGAUGUAUGUGGCACUGACGUACGACCACCGACUCAUCGACGGCAGAGAAGCUGUCACUUUCCUACGCAAGGUCAAAGCAGUGGUGGAGGACCCACAAGUCCUGCUCCUGGACAUGUGAUCCUUCUACCACAUCGUUUAGAUUUUAUAGUUCGGUUGCACAGAAUAUCCCCAUUGGAAAAAAAUACGCACAAAGUUGACCACUGUUCAUUGAAACCUCAGGAGAGAUACUGGGGUCCUGUUCCAUCUGUCAUGGGUGGGAAUACACACUUUUACCCGUGGAGAGUAAUGCUGAAGUAUCUGCAACGUGGACUUUGCUCUAUGUAAGGCUGUGUUAUUAAGUUGUGCCCCUCAGAUUGACAGAUGAAGCAGCAGCAGAUAAACGUUCCCUCCGUCCUGUUCUCAGUUGUGUAAUAAUCAAACAAAAUGGCUUUUCCAUGCAACGGGGAGCUGCAUUACUUAGCGCCGCUCUCGUUAGCCACUUUUUCCACAGCAGGGCAGGAGCAGCCGCUCAGAUGAGUUCAAGAUGUUUUAUAGGGAACACGGGGCUGAAAGAUUUCCUCUUUUUUGUCUGUGUCUGUAUUAGCAGAACCAGCAGAGCAGCUCUUUGACUGCGGGAGGGAAAUCAGGGCAGUUGUGUUCCUCGUCUCACUCUUCGGCCUCAAAAACUGAAACUGUUCUAAACAUUAAACAGCUCAAUGUCACACAGUAAAUUGACCUAAUCUAUUGAUUUUUUUUACACAAAAAUGUCUAGACUAUAACUGUGAAGCUUUAUUGCUUCAGCCUGUCUUUACAUUAUUGUACAUGGGGUUUUGUAUUUGUUGGGAAUAAACAAAAAAAUGCAAUGUCA